UAACCAAAACAUUUUCUAUUAGGUAAAAAAAAAAAAAAUCUCAAAACCACUUAUUUUGUUCUUUCUUUCUCUUUCUCUCGGUGUAAGAAAAUGGAAGGGAGACAAUAUUACGCUCCAAGAGAAAACGUAGACGGGAACAGAACAGCCAUGGGAGGACCUCACUCGCCGUGGCAUUCACCGGUUCCUUAUCUCUUCGGUGGUUUAGCUGCGAUGCUUGGUCUCAUCGCCUUUGCUCUUCUAAUCCUCGCUUGCUCUUAUUGGCGUCUCUCCGGUUAUCUCGACGGUGAGGAAAAUCAGAGCAGGGAUAGAGAUCUUGAAGCUGGAGAUGCGAAACCUGAGAAGGAGGUGAAGGCUGUAGCUUUGCCAGAGAAGUUCUUGGUGAUUAUGGCCGGAGACGUGAACCCCACUUACUUGGCGACGCCGGUAGAAAAAAGCUGUACGUGUGACGAUGAUGAAGAUGAAGAUGGUGAUGACGUGGAGGGUAAUGAUCAGGUGGUGCGGCAGAGUAGUGAAAGUAACGGUGCGACACAUUGAGAAACAGAGUAUGUAAAAGGACAAACAGAGGAUCAUCUAUUUUGAACAGUUCUGAAGAACCUGUAUGCAUCUGACCCGGUUGCUUCUGUUAACCGGGUCAGGCCAGAGCUCUGCAUGAUGAGUCUGGCAAAUGGAAUUGGGUUGUAUUCUGAUUAACAAUGUUUAUUUAAUCUAAGCUUUUGCAUCAUUAAUUUGUUUAGCCUUUUUAUUUGUAAGUUAUUAUGGAAAAUUCCGGAAAAUGUAAAAUUCCUGAGACUCAAAUUUCAAUGGAACAUUUAUUUUAUA